UCUCUGGUAUCCAGAUCAGCUGUAGCAGCUCACACACUCUCCUCUGUUAGCUUCUGACUUGCUCAUUGGAUAUAUUCCUAUGAGAUUAAUGGACAAUCAUGUCUGAAGAGGAAAAGAAGGUUUCCGAUGAACUUUUCAAAGAUGUCAAAUUCUACGUGGUUGGGGACAUUGACCAAAAGGUUGUACAGCUGCUGAAAGCAGGGAAAGGUAAAGAGGUGUCCUACAAUGCUUUGGCCACUCACAUCAUUGCAGAGGAUGGGGACAACCCCGAAGUGGGCGAAUCAAGAGAAGUUUUUGACCUGCCUGUUGUCAAGCCGUCCUGGGUGAUCCUGUCAGUCCGAUGUGGAGACCUGUUACCUGUUACUGGAUUCUCCCCAGAAUCAGGACAGAUAUUCUUUGGAGUGACAGCUUGCCUUCCAAGGCUUCCAGAUGAUCUCAACACUUUGUGGGCUUACAUAACUUUCUAUGGAGGAGAAUGUCAGCUUAACCUCAACAAGAAGGUCACCCAUUUAGUGGUUAAGGAACCAAAAGGGGCCAAGUUUGAGUGUGCCCUGAAACACCCCAACAUCAAGAUUGUCACCCUGGACUGGAUAACAGAUUCUGUUAAAGACAAAAGCAGGAAGGAUGAGGCACUCUAUCACCCUAGACUCAUAUAUGUGGAGCCUGAAGAAGAGGAGGAGAGUGAAGCAGAGUCAUAUGACCGGCACUUUCAAUCAGACGGAAGCUACAGCCCCCGGCGAUCCCGGCUGUCCAGUGGUGGCUCUUCUGGUGAGGAGUCCAGCCCCCGCAGACGACCAGGACCCAAGAGACUGAACUCUGUCUCCCCGACCUCUCCCCGGAAACCCGAGCGCCGCAGUGAGCGCAUGUUUGAUGACUCUGAUGAUGACUCCCCCACAGAAAAGGAGGGCACCAACCUCAACUGGACACCAGCUGAAGUCGUCCCACCGACCCCCCCAAUUCCAACUGGCACAGCUAGACGGCGGGUUGGGCCACCUGGCAGCAAAGACCCCGUGUCAUCCACAGCCAGUGGGCUGAUCAACCUGUGUGCAACUGCACCCCCUGUACCUGGCAGUGGAGGAGCCAUGCCAGUAGAGGCUCGGUCUGCCACUGCUGCCAUCAGUCACUCCACACAGCAAGGCGGGCCAGUUCCAGAGGGCAUCCCUGGGUGGACCCCGGCUGUUAGAACGCUUCGCAACAUCACCAACAACUCUGACAUGCAGCCAACCAAUCGGCCUGCCAAUGUAGCGCAUAUCAUCCAGAAUCUGGCAGCCAAUCAGACAAAACCACUUGAGCAGCAGACCAAUCAGAGCCAUCCUCAGACCCCGAACAGCACCAACUCUCUUCUGUUUAAUCAGUCCAAACUGGCCGGCCAGCCUCUCACAGCAGAGCAGCAGCAACAGUUACUGCAACAGCAACACCAGGUUUCCCAGCAACAACAUCAGCAAUUACCACAGCAACCACAGCAUCCCAUGAUGCAGCUUCAACAGCAGCAGCAUCAGAUGAUGCAGUUACAACAUCAACAACAGCAACAGUCACAGGGUGCUCAACAACAAGGGUUCCCACAGUUGCCUCAACAGCAGCAACAGUUUCUGCAGCAACAGCAACAAUUGCACCAACAACAGAUGUUUUCCCAGCAGCAGCAACAGCAUGCAUUCUCCCAGCAGCAGUUGCGACCCCAGCAGCUCUUGCGGCCAGGUCUGCAGCAGCUGCAGCAGCAACAGGCACUGCAGCAACAGCUUCAACAGUUUCAGCAGCAGCAGCGUAUGCAGAUGUUACAACAACAACAGCAACAGCAGCAGAAUCAACAGCAGAUGCACCAACAGCACUUACAACAGCAGCAUUUCCUGCAACAGCAGCAACACAUGCAGCAAAUGCAGAAGCAGCACAUGCAAAAUCAACAGCAGCAGCAGGCUCUGCAGCAUCAGAGUCAGCAAGCCCUGCAGCAGCAGCAACAACAUCAGCAGCAGCAGCAGCAGCAGCAGACAACGAUUACGCUGCAGCCUCAGCUCCAGCAGCCUCCUCACAUCUCCCAGCUGUUUGGACAUGAGCUGGGACAAGAAAUUCCACAGGAUGGCUUUCUGCUGGGCUGUGUGUUUGCUGUUGCUGACUACCCAGAACAGAUGGCUGACAAACAACUCCUGGCCACAUGGAAGAGGGUCAUCCAGGCAUGUGGAGGCGCUAUUGACCCCAUUCUGACCAGCCGCUGCACACACCUGCUCUGUGAGAGUCAAGUCAGCAGCACGUACGUACAGGCACUGAGAGAAGGGAAGCGCUGUGUGACCGCUCACUGGCUGAACACUGUGCUGAAGAGGAAGAGGAUGGUUCCGCCUCAUCGGACGCUACAUCUACCCUUCGCCUUCCCUCCUGGAUCCAAACCCUGCUCUCAUCAUAUCAUAUCAGUGACUGGUUUUGUGGAUGCUGACAGGGAUGACCUGAAGCUGAUGGCUUACCUGGCUGGUGCCAGAUACACUGGAUAUCUGUGUCGCAGUAACACUGUCCUCAUCUGUAAAGAACCCAGUGGACUGAAAUAUGAGAAAGCCAAGGAGUGGAAGAUCCCUUGUGUGAAUGCCCAGUGGUUAUGCGAUAUACUAUUGGGCAACUUUGAGGCACUGAGACAAAUUCAGCACAGCAGAUAUUCCAUCUACACACAUCCUGAACCACUGGUGCCUAACCCUCAGCUGGUCCAGAACUUGCUGGCUGCUUGGAGAACACCAAUCAAAGUAUCGCCUGAAGCUUUGGCGAGUCUCCAACUGCUCCAGAAGCAGAAGAUCACUGACUCCACCAACCCACCUGCAAACAAGAAGGCCAGACUGGAAGAGAUCCAGUCUCCCAGUAAGAAGCUUCCUCCAGAGUCCACCCCACGGGUGAUGUUCACAGGCUUUGAGCCCAUGCAAGUACAGCAGUACACAAAGAGAUUACAUGCUUUAGGUGGUGAAGUAGCCGACAGCAGCCUGAAAGCCACUCACCUGGUGGCCAGUAAGGUGACUCGCACUGUCAAGUUUCUCACUGCCAUGUCUGUGGUGAAACACAUCAUCAGCCCAGAGUGGCUGGAGGAGAGCUGGAGAAGCCAGAAGUUUGUGGAUGAGCAGAGUUACACUCUGAGGGAUGCAGAGGCAGAGGUGUUGUUUGGCUUCAGUCUGGAGGAGUCACUAAAGAGAGCUCACAGUGCACCACUCUUCAAGGGGAAGUACUUCUACCUCACUCCGGGGAUCUGCCCCAGCCUCAGCACCAUGAAGUCCAUCCUGGAGAGUGCUGGUGGAAAGCUGCUCGCUAAACAGCCCUCAUACAGAAAGAUAAUGGAACAUAAACAGAACAAGAAUCUUCCAGAUAUCAUCCUAAUUUCAUGUGACAAUGACCUCCAUCUAUGUAGAGAAUACUUCUUGAAAAAUAUUGAUGUCCACAACGCGGAGUUCAUCCUGACUGGAGUUCUCACCCAGAAGCUCGACUAUGACUCUUAUAAGUUCACUUGAUUGAGUCACACUGAUGACAUGAAGAAGAAGAAGAGAUGAGAAAGCCUCCUGUGUACAGUCCAGCCACACUGACUUUUCUAUGUUUUUAUUUUUGUGCAUAGAUCUCCAGUCAUUUUGUAGCUUUUUGUUACCUGUUUGAAAUAAAUAAAUGGAUGUUAUUUUUGUGAAAUGAUUGCUUAAAUUAUGGAGGAUCAAACCCUUUUCCUGUUGAAAUAGGAUGUGUAAAGGCUUCAGCUCUACAUGCUGCUUUUUAAAUAAAAACUACAUUUGUUUGUGCUAAAA